CAGCCAAUGAGAAUGCUCAUGACUGCCGUGCCAGCUGUUCCUUUGGCUCUUUGGCUCCGGUCGCUACGUCAGGAUUUUGAACAGUUUGCACUUUGCUAUGAUUGGUUGGUGGACCAAUCAUCGACUGACUCCUGUUGUUGUUGAUGGGUGGUGGGAUCUGUUCUGAAUGAAUCAGAGAGGAGCACAGAGCUGUCAAGUCAAGGCCAGCUGAGCCAAAGAAAAGAUCGGUAGAACAAUUACAGUACAGGUCAUACCAAUAAAAUUCAUUGAGCCAGAGCAGACCUCAACAAACGAAAGAAAGAAAGAAACAAUAGAGUGGAAAAAGACGAGAAGAAGAAACCAAGAUCACCAGCAAUGAGGAGACCGUUUGAAUGUUUUUCGUUGCUGGCGUUGGCUGCAACGACACAACUGCAGUCGAGCGCAAGUGCCUUUGUCCAUCCAAGUGUCGUAAAAAGUGGGAGAGCCACUACUACUAGUACGUGUUCUGGAAGACUGCCUCUUCAUCGGCAGUACGUGACUAAGCAACCACUGGAUGACUUGACGGCUCUGAUGGACGAAGAUGACGACAAUGAUGACAAUGACUACAAUAGUAUUGGAGAAGCCUCAUUUUACAAUGUGGAUUACAUGGAUGAUGAUGAACAAGAACUGGACGACACCGACAUUCCCACUACUACUACAGUAUUCAAUCGAGACGAAGAUGAGAUGUUGACGGAACUGGAAGAUCGAUUUUACAUUGACGAACGUGGUCAACGACGGCAAGUGGAAAAGUGUAUUCUGGUGGGUGUCGAAGACUUGUCGGCCAAACGAAAGCUACAAAAAGCACGACGACAAGCCGGACAAGAAAUGCCAUACGAUAGACCCAACGUUGUUCCCGACGAGGAAAUGCUAUUUACACUACAAGAGAGUCUCGGAGAAAUGAGAGAACUCAUCAAAACGGCUGGAAUGGAUUGUGUGGGAGAAAUCACACAGCGACUGCAGGAAGUCAAUCCGCGAACGUACGUGGGAUCGGGUAAAGUCUUGGAGGCACAGGAACUGCUCGAACAACACGGGGCUUGCACUAUUGUAUUUGAUGCCGAAUUGACGCCCGGACAACAAAAGGCACUCGAAAAUUCCUUCAAUAAGAAAAUCAUUCAAAACGAUUUUUUGGGAGCCGACGGCGAAGAAGGAGAAAUCAAAGUCAUUGAUCGAACGGCACUCAUUCUUGAUAUUUUUGCACAGCAUGCCAAAACACGAGAAGGAAAAUUACAAGUCGAUCUCGCAUUGCACGAAUAUCGCAAACCUCGUUUGACACGCAUGUGGACGCAUUUGGAACGGCAAUCCGGAGCGGGUGGAGUCGGAUUGCGGGGUCCCGGAGAAUCGCAAUUGGAAAUUGACAAGCGAUUGAUUCGCGAUCGCAUCAUUGUGCUGAAAUCCAAAAUUGAUGAUGUACAGAAACAACGCGCCAUGCAUCGACAAGGCCGAGCGCGGACUGGAUUGCCCAUUUUGUCACUCGUCGGCUACACCAAUGCCGGAAAGAGUACGCUGCUCAAUUAUCUCACACGAGCCGGUGUCAUGGCAGAGAGCAUGUUAUUUGCGACUCUAGACCCAACAACUCGCAAGGUACAACUGCCCGGACUCAAAACACAUCCUUCCGUCAUGCUGACGGAUACUGUGGGGUUUGUACAAAAGUUGCCUACACAAUUGGUGGCGGCAUUUCGAGCUACGCUGGAAGAAGUACAAGAAGCCGAUGUCUUGAUUCACGUCAUUGAUGUCUCCAACCCGACAUGGGAAAAACAAGAACGUGCCGUUUUGGAUGUGCUUGCGAGUAUGAAUGCAUUGGACAAACCGGUGGUUCGAGUACUCAACAAAAUUGACUUGUUGGAUGCCGAGUCGGCGGAAUACUUGCAAUACGAAGCCGCCUAUGCCGAUUUGACCGUGGCGGUUUCGUCGUUGCUGGGAGAUGGUGUGACCGAUUUCGUCUCGGUCGUCGAAGAAGCCUUGCAAGAAUUAAUGGUGCCCAUUGAAGUGGAAAUCCCCUAUUCCAAGGGAGAUGAAUUGAGUGCCGUCCACGAACAGGGACACGUCGAAGUGGUCGACUACCGACCGAAUGGCACAUAUGUCAUGGCUAGAGUGCCCCGAUCCAUUGCCAAUCGAUUAGAACAAUAUUCGCUGAUUCCAAAAGAACAACAACAACAAUCAAAUAGCUCGCCAAACGGUACCGAUGACGACGAGGAAAUCGAUUGGGUGGCGCUCGGCCGGGGUCGACAUUCCGAACGAGACAAGUAAAAGGCAAGAAAGAGGUUCGCUACACUGACGGCCACAACGAAAUGGCCCCAAACAAAUUAAUUUGCUACUAGCUCUAAGGAAUGUUAGAAUUUCAUAGUACGCCAACUCGAACCAAUCACAGUAGCAAGUGCUUGCAAUAGUUCUCAAUUUGUUGUCUCUACGAGAGCGGAGCUCCUCAAAACGUUGAAUUCCAUUCGAUGCACGGCGCGAUCUGGUUGAAAAGAAGGAGCCCCUAAAAACGUAGAAGUCAAUUCGAUGUAGGGC